AUGCCAGGCAAGGACGAUGGCGGCUCCGAUAAGGAGAAGAACCUGGAGCUCUUUUUGAAGGUCGGGUUGGAUGAGCGAACGGCCAAAAACACCAUCGCCAACAACAAAGUCACCGCUAAUCUCACUGCUGUCAUUCACGAGGCCGCAGUUACCGCAUUUCUGAUGCAGUCGAACUGUUGUGUAAUUUCUAGUCUUGGAGAAGUUACUUUGGCCUCCCUUGUUUCGAAAUGGGUUGCCACGAAGCACCCAGCAAAUGCCCUUGUGCAUCGCCCAACGUUGGUGCAACACAUUGUAUCAUCGAAGAUCAAAACUCCAGCCCAGUUAGAAGCAGCGUUUUCAUUUUUUGCAACUACAGGGCCAGAGAAUUUCAACCUAAGCGAAUUUGAUGAAGCAUGUGGUGUUGGUGUUGAAGUUUCAGAAGAAGAAAUAAAACAAACUGUUAAUGAGGUUUUUGAAGAGAAUAAGACAGCAAUUUUGGAGCAGCGCUACAGAACAAAUGUCGGUGAUUUAUUUGCACAUGUUAGGAAGAGGCAUCCAUGGGCUGAUCCAAAAAUUGUCAAGCAAUUCAUUGAUGCAAAAUUGCGUGAGUUACUUGGUGAAAGGACUGCAGCAGAUGAUGAAAAGGUUCCUAAAAAAAAGAAAGAGAAGCCUGCUAAAGUAGAGGUUAGCAUUUCUGCAAUGGAGAUGACUGAAAAUCUCUCUCACUGUGUCUCCUCCCCCUCCCCUUCCACUUGUGUAGGAAAAUCCAUUGCUGUUUCUACUCCAGAACAGCCAUCUGAAGAAGUUCUUAAUCCAUUUUCGAUAUUCCCUCAACCGGAGGAAAAUACUAAGGUGCAUACUUCAGUUUUCUUCAGUGACGGAUCUAUUCUGAGAUGUUGUAACACAAAGGAACUGCUUGAGAAACACUUAAGUGUGACCGAAGGGAAAGUUUUGACCCGCUUUCCUCCUGAACCAAAUGGAUAUCUGCAUAUAGGUCAUGCCAAGGCAAUGUUUAUUGACUUUGGCCUGGCAAAAGAGAGAGGUGGAGGCUGCUACCUACGGUUUGAUGAUACAAACCCGGAAGCUGAAAAGAAAGAAUAUAUUGAUCAUAUUCAGGAAAUUGUAAAGUGGAUGGGUUGGAAGCCCUACAAGAUCACUUACACUAGUGAUUACUUUCAAGAUCUGUAUGAUUUAGCAGUGGAGCUCAUACGAAGGGGUCACGCUUAUGUUGAUCAUCAGACACCUGACGAUAUAAAGGAGUACAGGGAGAAAAAAAUGAACAGCCCUUGGAGGGACAGGCCAAUUGCAGAAUCAUUGAAACUUUUUGAGGAUAUGAGACGAGGCCUGAUUGAAGAAGGCAAAGCAACCCUUAGAAUGAAGCAAGACAUGCAGAGCGAUAAUUUUAAUAUGUAUGACCUUAUUGCAUAUCGUAUCAAGUUUACUCCUCAUCCGCAUGCUGGAGACAAGUGGUGUAUCUAUCCAAGUUAUGAUUAUGCUCACUGCAUUGUGGAUUCUCUUGAGAAUAUCACACAUUCGCUAUGCACACUUGAAUUUGAAACACGCCGUGCUUCAUACUACUGGUUGUUGCACGCACUCGGAAUUUAUCAGCCAUAUGUAUGGGAAUACUCACGACUGAAUAUCAGUAACACCGUUAUGUCAAAGCGUAAGUUAAAUCGAUUGGUGACAGAGAAGUGGGUUGAUGGUUGGGAUGACCCACGUCUUAUGACACUGGCUGGUUUACAACGUAGGGGUGUAACAUCUACUGCAAUAAAUGCUUUUGUUAGAGGAAUUGGAAUCACUAGAAGUGAUUGUAGUAUGAUACAUUUAAGUCGCCUCGAGUAUCACAUAAGAGAGGAACUAAAUAAAACAGCUCCUCGCUCAAUAGCUGUGCUACAUCCCCUCAAGGUGGUUAUUUCUAACCUGGAAGCUAAAACUACAAUGGAUCUAGAAGCAAGGAAAUGGCCUGAUGCUCAGACAGAUGAUGCAUCUGCUUUCUACAAGGUCCCCUUUUCCAAUACUGUUUAUAUUGAGCGGUCUGAUUUUCGGCUUAAAGAUUCAAAAGAUUACUUUGGGCUUGCUCCAGGAAAAUCAGUCCUACUUAGGUAUGCGUUCCCUAUUAAGUGCACAGAUGUCAUAUUAGCUGAUGAUAAGGAAACUGUUCUUGAGAUACGGGCUGAGUAUGAUCCUACGAAGAAGACAAAGCCAAAGGGGGUGCUUCAUUGGGUUGCUGAACCUUCCCCAGGAGUUGAUCCACUCAAAGUGGAAAUCAGAUUGUUUGACAGACUGUUCCUUUCAGAGAAUCCUGCUGAGCUCGAUGAUUGGCUUGCUGAUCUGAACCCACAAUCCAAAGUGGUAAUACCCGAUGCAUAUGCUGUGCCCUCACUUCGGAGUGCUGUUGUUGGGGACACAUUUCAGUUUGAAAGGCUUGGCUAUUUUUCAGUCGAUAAAGAUUCGACUCCUGAAAAACUUGUGUUUAAUCGUACCGUGACACUGCGAGAUAGCUAUCAUAAGGGUGGGAAGUAG